ACCAUUUUUUGAAAAUUUUUCGUCGUUCAGAGCAAAAGAAGAUAAUCCAGAAUGAGCAGCGGAGCAGGACAAGUAGUCUGUGUCACCGGCGCUUCCGGUUAUAUCGCUUCCUGGCUCGUUAAGUUUCUUCUCGAACGCGGUUACACUGUUAAGGCCACUGUUCGCGACCCAAAUGAUCCCAGAAAGGUGGAUCACUUGCUUAACCUUGAUGGUGCGAAAGAGAGAUUGCAUCUCUUCAAGGCGAAUCUUCUAGAAGAAGGUUCCUUUGACUCUGCCGUUCAAGGUUGUCACGUAGUCUUUCACACUGCUUCUCCCUUUUUUAACAAUGCCAAAGAUCCGCAGAUUGAGUUGUUGGAUCCAGCUGUGAAGGGGACUCUGAAUGUUCUGAGAUCGUGUGUGAACUCGCCGACGCUGAAACGAGUGGUUUUAACUUCUUCUUUUGCUGCAGUUGGGUUCAGCGACAGGCCUAAAACCCCUGAUGUGGUGGUUGAUGAGACUUGGUACUCUGACCCAGAAUUCUGUAAGAGACCGGGGUUAUGGUAUGUCCUUUCAAAGACUUUGGCCGAAGAUGCUGCCUGGAAAUUUGUAAAAGAAAACAGUAUUGACAUGGUUACAAUGAACCCGGCAUUGGUUAUUGGACCUCUCUUGCAACCAGAGCUUAACACUAGUGCCGCUAUGGUUUUAAAUUUAGUUAAUGGUGCGCCAACAUUUAAAAAUGAUUGUUUUAGAUGGGUCGACGUGAGAGAUGUUGCAAUUGCCCAUAUUCUAGCAUAUGAGAAUGCUUCAGCUAAUGGAAGAUAUCUACUAGUUGAAAGAGUGGUACACUACUCAGACGUUGUGAAGAUUUUACGAGAUUUAUACCCAACAUUGCAACUUCCUGAAAAGUGUGAAGACGAUAAGCCAUAUGUGCCAGUGUUUAAAGUUUCGAAGGAAAAAGCAAAGAGCUUAGGGAUUGAAUAUACUCCUUUGGAAGUGAGCCUCAAGGAGACUGUAGAGAGCUUGAAGGAAAAGAAGUUUACCAAAUUUUAAGUUGUUACCCUUCAGGAAACGUGGAAGCCUUCUGUAAUCGUUCAUAUGGCUUCUUAUUCUCAUGCUUAUGAACAUAUUUACUCUGCAAAAUAAGACUUAAAUCAGAACUCGUGAGUACUGAAAUAAGGUUGUUCUUUGUGUGAAGUAGUGUUUGUAUUACAGAUUUAAACCACUGGAAUAUUUUGAUUUUAUAUUUUUA